AAUUGGAGAUAGCAUCUGGUUGACCAUAGUUACCAUGUCAACAGUUGGCUAUGGUGACUUGGUUCCAAAAUAUACACUGGGGAAGGUUUACGCCAUAAUUUGGAUGAUAACUGCUAUGUCCAUUACAUCUCUCUUCACGGCAAACGUAUCGAGCGCAAUGACUAGCAAGUAUCUGGACGAAAAACAAAGUCUUUUGGGAAAAAAGCUUGGUGUGAUUAAAGGUACUCGCCUUUUCUUUGAAAAUGAAAUCAAUUUUGGAGCAGCGAUUUCCGAGUACAAAGAAGACCAAAUAUUCAGCGCUUUGCUUGAAGGAAACGUCUCCAGAAUUUUACUGCCAGACUUCCUGGAAGCGAUGUAUUACCUGACCACAAGUCGUAGUUUCUAUUUUCAUAAAAACAUUCGUAUCGUGGAAACCAUAAAACAUCCUUACUCAUUUGGAAUAACCGUUUGGUCUGGGCAGGAAUUGAAUACUCAGUUUUUGGGAUGUCUGAGGAUGUGGUUGAAGUCAUCCUACAUUAUGCACAACCACAUUGAUUACUCGGCAAUUGAUGCGAAUAUUAUUAAACAACAUUCUCUGAAAUUAAUGGAGGAUGAAUUAACGACGAGUCUCGUAAUAGCUCUUCUCUCUACUUCUGUUGUCGUCCUGGUUCUUGGUAUAGUAGUGUGGAUUAUCAGACCAAUGAUACAAACACGAUUUUCAAAUAAUGAUAUCAAGAACAGCAAGCGCGGUGAUAAAAUGAACGAGGUGAAAACAUAA